UCUGCGCAGCCGGAAGAAGGCAGGGAACCCGGAAGUAAACAUUGCCGAGUCGCUUCGUUUCUGGCGGAUGGUUUUGAGUGGUCUGCGGCGCGACUGGGUGGGGCUGCUUCGGACUGUUGCAGUAGCUGACUGUGAUUUGCUUCAUGCCCUAGCAGAGGCUUUGCCAGCAACUGCAGGUAGUUGCUGUGUUCAUGUGACAUUUGGAAUUCUGGGGACUUGGACUUAGAGGAGGAUACCAGUUCACCAUGUCGGCGGCCGCUGUGGACCCAGUUAGUGCGACACCCAUGACGGGAUCAAAGGAGAUGAGUUUGGAGGAGCCGAAAAAGAUGACCCGAGAGGACUGGAGGAAGAAGAAGGAGCUAGAAGAACAGAGGAAACUGGGCAAUGCUCCUGCAGAAGUCGAUGAAGAGGGAAAAGAUAUCAACCCUCAUAUUCCUCAGUAUAUUUCUUCGGUUCCAUGGUACAUUGAUCCAUCAAAGAGACCCACUUUAAAGCAUCAGAGACCACAGCCAGAGAAACAGAAGCAGUUCAGUUCAUCUGGGGAGUGGUACAAGCGAGGCGUAAAGGAGAAUUCUAUAACUACCAAGUACCGCAAAGGUGCAUGUGAGAAUUGUGGAGCCAUGACACACAAGAGGAAAGAUUGCUUUGAGAGACCGAGGCGGGUUGGAGCUAAAUUCACAGGAACUAACAUUGCUCCAGACGAGCACGUCCAGCCCCAGCUGAUGUUUGACUAUGAUGGGAAGAGAGACCGCUGGAAUGGCUACAAUCCGGAAGAGCACAUGAAGAUUGUCGAGGAAUACGCCAAGGUUGAUCUGGCAAAACGGACAUUGAAAGCACAGAAACUGCAAGAAGAGUUAGCCUCUGGAAAAUUAGUGGAGCAAGCUAACUCUCCGAAACACCAGUGGGGAGAAGAGGAACCCAACUCUCAGAUGGAAAAGGAUCAUAACAGUGAGGAUGAAGACGAAGACAAAUAUGCGGAUGACAUUGACAUGCCUGGGCAGAAUUUCGACUCUAAGAGACGCAUUACUGUUCGCAAUCUCCGGAUUCGUGAAGAUAUUGCAAAAUAUUUGAGAAAUUUAGAUCCAAAUUCUGCCUAUUAUGAUCCAAAAACCAGAGCGAUGAGAGAGAAUCCUUACGCCAAUGCAGGGAAGAAUCCAGAUGAAGUGAGCUACGCUGGAGAUAACUUUGUUCGAUACACAGGAGAUACCAUCUCCAUGGCUCAAACACAACUGUUUGCUUGGGAAGCCUACGACAAGGGGUCUGAAGUGCAUCUCCAGGCAGAUCCGACAAAACUAGAGCUGCUGUAUAAGUCCUUCAAAGUCAAAAAAGAAGACUUCAAAGAGCAGCAGAAGGAAAGCAUCCUGGAAAAGUACGGUGGCCAAGAACACCUGGACGCCCCUCCAGCUGAGCUGCUCUUAGCCCAGACAGAAGACUACGUGGAGUACUCCAGGCAUGGCACAGUCAUUAAAGGCCAGGAGCGGGCUGUCGCCUGCUCCAAGUACGAGGAAGACGUGAAGAUCAAUAACCACACGCAUAUCUGGGGAUCUUACUGGAAAGAAGGCCGCUGGGGAUACAAAUGUUGUCACUCGUUUUUUAAGUAUUCCUACUGUACUGGAGAAGCUGGGAAGGAGAGCGUUAACUCAGAGGAGUGUAUUAUAACUGGUGCGACUGCAGAAGAGUCUGUGAAGAAACCUCAGGCCCUCCUGGAGCUACAUCAGGAGAAACUAAAAGAGGAGAAGAAGAAGAAAAAGAAGAAGAAGAAACACCGCAAGAGCAGUUCUGACAGCGACGAUGAGGAACGGAAGCAGGAGAAACUGAAAAAGGCACUGAAUGCAGAGGAGGCUCGCCUUCUUCACGUGAAGGAGAUCAUGCAGAUUGACGAGCGGAAGCGGCCCUACAACAGCAUCUAUGAAACCCGAGAGCCCACAGAAGAGGAGAUGGAGGCCUACAGGAUGAAACGGCAGAGGCCCGAUGACCCCAUGGCCUCUUUCCUAGGACAGUGACUCGUCAGGAUUGGACACAUACACAGCAUGUUCUUUCCAGCUCCUUGUCACCGAGAGAUAGAAAAUCUUUAUCUGUCCUUCUUGCUCCCUGACAUUAAUAAAUUUUUCUGAAGUCUCAAAGUCUUCUCAACAGUCAAGAAACCAAGCAAGCAAGCAAGAGCAUCCAGUUGUGAUUAGGGUUAAAAUCAUCCAUCCUAAUUAAUGAUUUGGAAAGUUUGACUCUCUUCCUCUCAAGUGUCUUGUGGAGUCUGCAUGAUGGCUCGUCUUGUAAUGCCGGCACCUGAGAGUGGUGGAGACAGGGGGGUCAAGAGUUCAAGGUCAGCCGAGUAUGGUAGUGCACACCUGUAAUCCUGGCACUCAGGAGACUGAGGCAAGAGCCUCGUAGCAUUAGCUGCAUAGCAAGUUUGAAACCAGUCUGCACUACAUGAGGCUUUGUCUCAAAAUGAAAAAGUUUGAGAUUAUCCUAGGCUACAUAGCAAGGUGAUUUCAAGAAAGAGAUGAAGGAAGGAAGGAAGAGAAAAACAAAGUCAUUUGUUCAUAGUGAGGUCUCCAGCUAUGUACAUGCCGUCAGUCCUCUGGUCUCUUGAAUGUAGCCCCACCCUGUAGGUCCUCUCAAAGCCAGAGCCCUGUUCUUAAAUUACUAGUGAUUCUAGUAGUGACAUCGUUAGUAAUUUAACUCUAUAAUUGCAGUUACAGCAUUUGGUUUUUGCCAUCUAAGAUUUUCUUGGUUUUAAACAAAAAUAUUCUAUCUUUAUCUGCAGCACAGAGGGAAAUCUGCCGGGCAUCAAAUAUCUGUGUCCCCCAUAAUCCUAAUAAUAAAUCUAUUUUUCAUUCAGUUGUUAAACGUUGGAUUUUCGUACACUUCCUUAUACCUUACAUCUUUUAAUGGUCGUUGACUGCUUCACACUUACCUUGCUGAACAUGAACUUUCAGACCUAGAAGUCACUUUUAUGAUUUAUGAUAUAUGAUGUGUUUUUUACUAUUGUAUGUCAUUUAAUUCUGAUCUGUUUAAUGCUACAAAAGUAAAGUUGAAAAGAUCUAAGACAUCUAGUUACCUAGACUGUACCCAGCAGGUAUCACUUGGUAAAAAUACAAGAGCAAAGCCACUUGAGACUGAAGGUUCUUUAAAGACCGUAAGGAUGGCUUCCGACGUGUCAUGCUGCUGCUGUGAUCUUCAGCCUGCCUUGCCUGGAAACAUGGCAAAGACAAUGCUGACACCACUCCACUGUGAGAGCAUAGUCUGGGGACACUGACUCAGCGAGUGUGUUCCAGACUGACUUCCAGGACACUGUGUGACGUCAGCAUCUCAGACAGGCAGGAGAAAAGCACCAGAUACCUGGCUUUCCAUGGUGUGAGCAUUCAGACUGAGAUUAGAACCGCAAUGCAGGCUUGGGGAAUUGGCUCAGUCAGAGAAGGCCUUGCUUUGCAAGGAUGGUAAAGAGAAAGCAGACCAGCCAGAUGCAGUCAGUGGUGUAUGCUUGUAAUCCCAGCCCUGGGGAGGCAGAGAAAAAUACCUAAGGCUCAGGCUCACCAGCUCAGCCAAAUCUGCAAGUACCAGACCAGUGAACAGCUCCGGAGGAACAGGUUGUUCUCUGACCUCUACACGUAUGCCACGCUUGUACCCACACACGCGCACACACACAGACUUAUAAUGCAAAUGGAUCUCUGAUCAUAAAGGCCAAAAUUGUGUUCUAUCUCUACCUCGACAUGGGUGGUUCAACACAAAGUCGGUUAUUGGUGUCUAUUUUGUGUAUUUUCUUUUGUUAAUAAAGAUGCAAUUGAGAAUAUUUA